CCCAAUGUGAUACCAAACUAAGCUUUUAUAAGAUUUUGGUGGCUUUUCAAGUUGAAUUUAAUUUCUUGUCUGACUUUCUGCUCCUCUCUAAGCUAGAGAAAGUUGCCUGCGUCUUCCUAGUCUAUCUCUAUAAAUAGAUGUAUCCUGCAAGGUUUAGGCACUCAUAUAUAUGCAUAUAGAAGAAAAGUUGGCAUGUGGAGGCUUAAGAUUGCGGAGGGUAGCAAAAGCCCUUACAUAUACAGCACAAACAACUUUCUUGGAAGGCAAACAUGGGAGUUUGAUCCUGACGCCGGCACUCCUGAAGAGCGAGUUGAGGUUGAAGAUGCUCGUCAAAAUUUCUGGAAAAAUCGAUUUCAUGUCAAGUCCAGCUCUGACCUUCUUUGGCAGUUUCAGUUUCUAAGGGAGAAAAAGUUUAAACAAACAAUUCCUCAAGUUAAGGUUGAAGAUGGCGAGGAAAUCACAAGUGAAACUGCUACAGCGGCUUUAAGGAGGAGCGUCCACCUGUUCUCAGCCUUGCAGGCCGGUGAUGGCCAUUGGUGUGCAGAAAAUGGAGGGCUACUGUUCUUUUUGCCUCCUUUGGUUUUUUCUCUGUACAUUACAGGACAUCUUAAUGAUGUGUUUUCUGCAGAGCAUUGGAAAGAGAUGUUGCGUUACAUAUAUUGUCAUCAGAAUGAAGAUGGUGGAUGGGGAAUACACAUUGAGGGUGAGAGCACAAUGUUUGGUACAGUUCUCUGCUAUGUAUGUAUGCGUAUACUUGGCGAAGAACGCGACGGUGGCAAAGAAAAUGCUUGUGAAAGAGGGAGAAAAUGGAUUCUUGAUCAUGGUGGGGCAAUUGCUAUACCAUCUUGGGGAAAGACAUGGCUUUCGAUACUUGGUGUGUAUGAGUGGGAUGGAAGCAACCCUAUGCCCCCAGAGUUUUGGGUCUUUCCUACUAUUUUUCCCUUUCAUCCAGCAAAAAUGUUCUGUUACUGUCGGAUCACUUACAUGCCUAUGUCGUACUUGUAUGGGAAGAGGUUUGUUGGUCCAAUCACACCUCUCAUUUUACAAAUAAGGGAAGAAAUCUAUAAUGAACUGUACCACAAAAUCAAUUGGAAGAGCGUGCGCCAUUUAUGUGCAAAGGAAGACAACUACUAUCCCCAUCCUAUGAUACAAAAAUUGAUAUGGGAUGCUCUUUACACUUUUAGCGAGCCUCUUUUCACCUGUUGGCCCUUAAACAAAUUGAGAGAAAAGGCUCUCAAAAUAACGAUGGAUCACAUUCAUUAUGAAGAUGAAAACAGCCGAUUCAUUACCAUUGGAUGCGUCGAAAAGCCACUUUGUAUGCUUGCUUGCUGGGUUGAAGAUCCCAAUGGGGAUGCUUUUAAGAAGCAUCUUGCUAGGAUAGCUGAUUACAUUUGGGUAGGAGAAGAUGGAAUAAAGAUGCAGAGUUUUGGCAGUCAAAUAUGGGAUACAAGUCUUGCCCUCCAAGGUUUGAUUGCUAGCAAUCUCUCCGAUGAAAUAGGACCUACACUCAAGGAAGGGCACAACUUCCUCAAGAAUUCUCAGUUAACUGAGAAUCCUUCUGGCAACUACAAAAAAAUGUUUCGUCAUGCAUCCAAAGGAGCUUGGACCUUCUCUGAUAAAGAUCAUGGAUGGCAAGUUUCUGACUGCACAGCAGAAAGUUUCAAGUGUUGCCUGCUUUUCUCAUUGAUGCCUCCUGAAAUUGUUGGUGAGAAAAUGGAAACUGACAAGAUGUAUGAUUCAGUCAAUCUAAUGCUUUCCCUUCAGAGUAAAAAUGGUGGUUUCUCAGCUUGGGAGCCAGCAGGAGCGAGAUCAUGGUUGGAGUGGCUAAAUCCUGUGGAGUUUAUGGAGGACCUUGUAAUUGAGCAUGAGUAUGUGGAGUGCACUUCAUCAUCAAUCCAAGCAUUAGUUCUGUUUAAAAUGUUAUACCCAGAGCACAGGGAGGAAGAGAUUGAAAAUUCCAUUGCAAGUGCUGCAGGGUUCAUAGAAGACAUUCAAAAUCCUGAUGGUUCAUGGUAUGGAAAUUGGGGAAUAUGCUUCACCUAUGGGACAUGGUUUGGACUUGGAGGAUUAGCUGCUUCUGGCAGAACAUAUGAAAAUUGUCUUGCUAUUCGUAGAGGUGUUGAUUUUCUACUCAAAUCACAAAGAGAUGAUGGUGGAUGGGCAGAGAGUUACCUUUCAUGUCCAAAGAAGGUUUAUGUUCCUUCUGAGGGUGAUCAAUUCAAUUUGGUUCAGACAGCAUGGGCUUUAAUGGGUUUGAUUCAUGGAGGACAGGCAAAGAGAGACCCUACACCUCUUCAUCGUGCUGCAAAGUUAUUAAUCAAUUCUCAAACAGAACUCGGUGAUUUUCCACAGCAGGAGCUCUCAGGAUCAUUCAUGAGGAAUUGCAUGCUACACUAUGCAUUAUUUAGGAAUAUUUUCCCCAUGUGGGCUUUGGCAGAAUAUCGGAGGCAUGUACCAUUACCUUCCAAAAAUAUAUGAAAUCAAUCAGGGAUUAUGAGUGGUUCCAACACCGAAUCAAGAAGCCUGCUGAUUAAUAAAUGGGUAUUUGAAUCAAAUGUGUUCGCUGCUUUGUAAUA